AGAGCGAAACUGACGAGCCGCUGAUCGCUGCAGGAGAGAUUCUUCAUCACUCCUCCUCCUCCUCCUCCUCCUCCUGUCCUCCUCCUCUCUGUCUGUCUGUCCGUCUGUCUGUGUCUUUGUCUCCAUGCGGGUCUCUGUCCCGCACCGGCGCACCCAGCGGGCCUUCCUGUAGCCGCCGCCCCGGCCUCCUGCGCCUCCGGCCGGCGGAGCCUCCCAGCUGAGCCCCGCUGAGGUGGCCUGGUUCCCGGGGAGAGAUGCUGUAGAGCAGCCGGCGGAGGAGAUGCUUGUCCCGGACUGAGAGCGGAGAGAUGUCCGGCAGGAUGCCUCUGACCCCGGUGAGCGAGAGGGAGUCCGAGCCGCCAAAGACCUCGGACAGCCUCCCCGAGCCUCCGGCCCCACCCACCAAAUCAUCGAGUCGCCACAGUCUGCCGCCAUGUCGCAGCGCCGUGUCGUCCAUCACCGACGAACAGCCGCACGUCGGUAACUACCGCCUGCUGAAGACCAUCGGAAAGGGCAACUUCGCCAAAGUCAAACUGGCCAGACACACUCUGACGGGCCGAGAGGUCGCCAUCAAGAUCAUCGACAAAACUCAGCUGAACCCGACCAGCCUGCAGAAGCUCUUCAGGGAGGUCAGCGUGAUGAAGAUCCUCAACCACCCAAACAUCGUGAAGCUCUUUGAGGUGAUCGAGACGGACAAAACUCUGUACCUGGUGAUGGAGUACGCCAGCGGAGGUGAGGUCUUUGACUACCUGGUGGCUCACGGACGGAUGAAGGAGAAGGAGGCGCGGGCGAAGUUUCGUCAGAUUGUGUCGGCGGUGGAGUACUGUCACCAGAAGAGGAUCGUCCACCGAGACCUCAAGGCAGAAAACCUCCUGCUGGACGCCGACAUGAACAUUAAGAUCGCGGACUUCGGCUUCAGUAACGAGUUCACCGGCAGCAAGCUGGACACCUUCUGCGGAUCUCCUCCCUACGCCGCUCCAGAACUCUUCCAGUCGUGUAACUCUGCAGGGAAGAAGUACGACGGGCCGGAGGUGGACGUCUGGAGUCUGGGAGUGAUUCUGUACACGCUGGUCAGCGGCUCGCUGCCUUUCGACGGCCAGAACCUCAAGGAGCUGAGGGAGCGUGUUCUCCGGGGAAAGUACCGGAUCCCGUUCUACAUGUCGACGGACUGUGAGAACCUGCUGAAGAAGCUGCUGGUGUUGAAUCCUGGGAAACGAGGCAGCCUGCAGCAAAUCAUGAAGGAUCGAUGGAUGAACAUCGGCUACAGUGAGAAGGAGCUGAAAACGUACAGCGAACCAGAGCAAGACUUCAACGACUUCGCACGCAUCGAGCUGAUGGAGACGAUGGGCUUCCCUCAGGAGGAAGUGCUGAGAGCGCUGGAGGGCCAGAAAUACAACGAGGCCACGGCGGUUUACCUGCUGCUGGGGAGGAAACCCGCCGAGUUUGACGGCGGCGAGUCUCUGUCCGGCAGUAACCUGCUUCAAAGGUCACGACCCAGCAGCGACCUCAGCGGAUCCAGCCAAUCUCCCGCCCAUUCUCGCCACCCAUCGACCAAUCAGAAGCAGCGGCGAUUCAGCGACCACGUGGCGCCGUCCAUCCCCCCGCCUGUCUCCUACUCAAAGCGUUGCCAUGCCAACAGCGUAGAGAGCGACAGGAAAGACGAGCAGGCGUCACCGAGCGGCGCUCCAGACCGCAGGAGGUCAGCCACCGCCUCAGGGAGCAUAACUCGGAGGAACACGUACGUUCACGAGAGGACGAGCGCUGAGCGCCACUCGGUCGCUGUUCCCAACGGGAAGGACAUCAGUCUACCGGAGGUGCCCGCAGCGUCCCCCUUCCCGUCGCCGGGGACGACCGUUUCCUCCACCCGUCCCCGUCAUGUCAAGUCCAUGUCGGCGUCGGGACAUCCCAUGAAGUCCUGCCUGCCGCCCAUCGACGACAACGCUGAGUACCAGAGCUCGCCGCAGCAGCCUCCGUCAUCACCGUCAGCCUUCAGUGUCACCAGCAGCAGCAGCGGCGCCACGCCGGACCGGACCCGCUUCCCCCGCGGCUCUUCCAGUCGCUCCACCUUCCACGGCGCUCAGCUUCGGGACCGCCGGCCCGCCACCUACAACGGCCCGCCGGCCUCGCCCAGCCUGUCGCCGCACGCCGCCUCAUCGCUGGCCACGCCCCGCCGCGGCACCUCCACCUCCCUCAUCGGGAAGAUCACCUCCAAGUUCGCACGAAGGAGCUUCUCAGGCGAGCCCAAAGACGAGGGGCGGGACCCGAAGCCUCGCGCCCUGCGCUUCACCUGGAGCAUGAAGACUACGUCCUCCAUGGAGCCGGGGGACAUGAUGAAGGAGAUCCGGAGGGUCCUGGACGCCAACAACUGUGACUACGAGCAGCGCGAGCGCUUCUCGCUGUUCUGCGUGCACGGCGACGCCCGGCAGGACACCCUGGUCCAAUGGGAGAUGGAGGUGUGCAAGCUACCCCGCCUCUCGCUCAACGGCGUGCGCUUCAAGAGGAUCUCCGGCACGUCUAUCGCCUUCAAAAACAUCGCCUCCAAAGUGGCCAACGAGCUGCGGCUGUGACGGCGCCCGGACAUCAUCAUCAUCAGUGACGGCGGCCGUGAUGCCUCGCUAACUGCUGUAUGACUCCCAAAAAAAACCCUAUAUUAUCCUCCACACCUUCUAUUUAAUGUAUCACUAAACGUUUGCCAGUGAAGCCAAAUAUUCCAGCUGAUGUGCGGCAGGUCGAGGAUGUUCAGGUGUCUGCAGGAGCGACACUUCCUGUUGGUUCAUCACCUUUUACGCGCACUUCAGGUUUCUCCAAAAUCUAACAUCUAAACAGCAAAGCGGCCGGACGCUACGACGGAGGAUUCGGGCCACGAUAAAGGAAAAAAAAAGUUAGAUUUCAAGAAUAAAGGCGUAAAAAAAAGUU